AUGCUUACUCUGCGCAAAGACACCAAUCCCAAUUUGUGCAACAAAAGGGGUCUGUCAGCGUUAAUGUACUCCUCCAUCCUUGGACAUGUCGAUGUCAUUCAGGCCCUCAUUUCGACCAGUAGAAUAAAUCCAAACUUACAGGAUGUCAAAGGCACUACUGCCCUCAUGUAUGCCUCCCAUAUGGGUCACGUCGACGCCGUCUGUGCCCUGCUUGCAUGUCCAAAUAUCGAUAUCAACGCCACGGACGUAAAUGGACGCACUCCACUUCUGUAUGCUUGCUUAAAGGAUCGCACAGAUGUAGCCAUUCUCUUGCUCCAGGCACCAGGAAUUAACGUCAAUUCCCAAGACUGCAAUGGACACAGUCCACUUCUACUUGCUGCAGCAAAGAACUCUAUGGGAAUUCUUGAAGCGCUGCUAGAGUUUCCAGGACUAGUAACCAAUAUGAAGGACAGAAGCGGGAAUACGCCACUUUCCGUUGCAAUAGUUCGUGGCCAUAAUGACAUUGUGAAGGCUCUUCUCCCUAUUUCUAGCAUCAAGGUGGAUAUCUCAAACGGUCAGGGUACCAUGGCGCUUGCCUGUGCUACCAUUAAAAGCCAUGUUCCUAUUGUGAACACCCUCUUGGCAUCUGGAAACAUCAAUCCCAAUGUGUAUAUGGUAGGAUCAGAUCGGUUGUACGAGUUCAUUCGUAGGCAAUUGCGAUAUUCGCCAGAAAAACACAUCGAACAUGCAGAAGGAAUGACACCGCUGAUGCUCGCGUCAUGUGCAGGACAUACAGAGGUCGUCAAACAUCUUCUAACAGUACCUGGAAUUGACGUCAAUCUGGGAAACGAGCCCAGCUACACAUUGGCCACGUAUACUGGUGGAAGCAAUGAUAAUUCAGUUGUGGAUUCGUUCUUAACAGGGAUGGACCUCAGAAACACGUGUUUCAAGUGCAGUGGAAUUACAGCGCUCAUGUUCGCCGCCGGGAAAGGUCAUGCUGAUGUGCUGGAGCAUCUUUUAACAGUUUCUGAAAUUGAUGUUAAUAGAGGAGAUUGCUAUGGAACAACGGCUCUUAUGCAUGCUUCGAGAUGGGGUCACUAUUCGACUGUGGAGAUCAUUCUUGCCUUUCCAGAUGUAGAUGUCAAUAUCCAAACCAAUGUCGGAGAAACAGCACUUUCAUGGGCAUCAGAAAAUGGUCAUGUUGAAAUCGUCAAGCGUCUCCUAUUCAUCCCAGGAAUAAAGGUUAAUAUGCAAAAUUCCAAUGGAUGGACAGCUCUGAUGUAUGCUUCGUACCACGGUCAUCUUUCUACUGUAGACGCUCUCCUUGAAUUCGGAGAGGUGGAUUCAAAUCUUCAGACCACACUCGGAGACACGGCGAUUUUAUGGGCACUAGACAAUGGACAUCUAGACAUCGUUGAGCACCUGUUAUCCGUCAGGGGAAUAAAGGUUGACAUACAAGAUCACCAAGGCUGGUCAGCUCUGAUAGCUGCUUCAAAAUGUGGUCACUGUUCUGUUGUGGACAUCAUUCUUGGCUUUUUCAAGGUGGAUGUAAAUACCCAAACAAAAUGUGGAGGCACAGCACUUUUAUGGGCGUCAAGAAAUAACCACCUUGACGUUGUUAAGCGCCUGCUGUCCGUCCCGGGAAUAAUGAUUAAUACACAAGAUAACGAAGGAUGGACGGCUCUCAUGCGUGCUUCCCAAAAUGCUCACUAUUCCAUUGUGGACGUCAUUCUUGGUUGUCCGGAGGUGGAUGUAAAUAUCCAAAAUACGCAUGGAGACACCGUGUUUUCAUGGGCAUCAGGCAAUGGACACAUUGAAAUUGUUCAGCGCCUGCUGUUGGUACAGGGAAUCCAGAUUAACAUACAAGAUAAUGACGGAUGGACUGCUCUGAUGAAUGUUUCCCACAAUGGUCAUCGUUCUAUUGUGGACACAAUUCUUGCUUUUCCGGACGUGGAUGUAAAUGUACAAAACAAGGUUGGAGAAACAGCACUGUUAUGGGCAUUACGCAAUGGUCAUAUUGACAUUGUUGAGCGCCUGCUGACCAUCCCGGCAAUAAAUGUAAAUGCACAAGGCCCAAAUGGAUAUACAGCUCUCAUGGUUGCUUUGAUAUAUGGUCACUGUUCCGUCGUGGAAGCUAUCCUUCGUAUUCCGGACGUGGAUGUAAACAUCCAAAAUAGCGUCGGCGAGACAGCACUUUUAUGGGCAUCUGAAAAUGGAUAUCCUGAAAUUGUUAUGCGCCUAUUGUCCGUGCCGAAUAUAAAGGUCAAUACACAAUGUGACGAUGGAUGCACCGCUCUUCUGCACGCUUCAAAAAAUAGCAACUGUUCUGUUGUGGAAGCAAUUCUUGAAUUCCCAGAAGUGAACGUGAAUAUCCAAAACAAAUGUGGAGAUACAGCACUUGCAUGGGCAUUAAGCAAUGCUAACCUUAGCAUUGCCAAUUGCCUUCUCUCUGUCACUGAAACAAACGUCAAUACACAGUUUAAUGACGGAUGGACGGCUCUCAUAUAUGCUUCGUAUAACGGUUACGAUUAUAUCGUGGAUGCUAUCCUUGGUUUCCAAGGGGUGGAGGUUAAUAUCGAAACCAAUCGCGGGAAAACAGCGCUCAUGUUUGCAUCCUGGAAUGGCCAUGCUGACAUUGCAAAACGUCUUUUAUCAAUGCCUGGUAUAGAUGUUAAUGCACAAGAUAUUGACGGAUAUACAGCUCUUAUCUAUGCUUCGGACCGGGGCCACAUUUCAGUUGUGGAUGCGCUUCUUGGUUUCCCAGCUGUGAAUGUCAAUUUCCGAGCAGCAAAACGUGGAUUGACAGCAUUGGUAUGCGCAUCUUGGAAUGGACACACUGAGGUCGUAAGACGCCUCCUGACAAUUCCCGCGAUCAACGUAAAUUUGCGAUAUUGCAAUGGCUAUACAGCAUUGGAAUGGGCGCGGAGAAUUGGACACCAAUCUGUGGUCGAUAUCCUGCUUUCCCAUCCCGGAGUCACCGAUGAGUGCACUGCGCUGGUGGUAUACCAGCCCGUCUAA